AGUUAAUAUAUUUAUUUAAGUCGAGAUAGGAGCUGGACGAUUUAUGAGGUUAGUUAAAGACGUGGACCUUAAAGUUUCUGGACAGAAAGUGGUUCGGCUACCGUUAGAGAAUAAACAGAAGGCAGUAAUGGAAGACUACUUGAAAAUAGAGAAAAUUGGAGAAGGUACCUAUGGAGUGGUGUAUAAGGGCAGGCACAAGGCCACAGGGCAGGUUGUGGCCAUGAAGAAGAUCCGCCUGGAGAGUGAAGAGGAGGGGGUUCCCAGCACCGCUGUUAGAGAGGUUUCUUUGCUUCAAGAGCUCAAGCAUCCCAAUGUUGUUCGACUCCUAGAUGUCCUGAUGCAGGAGUCUCGUCUUUACCUCAUCUUCGAGUUCCUGUCCAUGGACCUGAAGAAGUACCUGGACUCUAUCCCCUCUGGCCAGUACAUGGACCCUAUGCUGGUCAAGAGCUACCUUUACCAGAUCCUGGAGGGCAUUUAUUUCUGUCACUGUCGUCGAGUCCUCCACCGGGACCUGAAACCCCAGAACCUCCUGAUUGACAACAAGGGAGUUAUCAAACUGGCAGACUUUGGCCUUGCUCGGGCUUUUGGGGUUCCUGUCAGGGUCUACACCCACGAGGUUGUAACUCUUUGGUACCGGGCUCCAGAGGUCCUCCUGGGAUCAACGAUAUUCAACCCUGUUGACGUUUGGAGCACUGGAACCAUCUUUGCUGAACUUGCCACCAAGAAGCCUCUGUUCCAUGGAGACUCAGAGAUAGACCAGCUCUUCAGAAUCUUCAGGUAGGCACACCAGACGACA